CAUAUUAGAGAGAUGUUUCUCUGACCCCUGGUAUUCAGAUAGAGAGAUAACACUGAGUGAACUCAGAGUUACAGUACCAACAAUCCCCCCACCAAUGGCCGUAGUAUCCACCUCACUCAGCGGCGCCACCGCCGUCACCGGCCAGUUGACUCAGUUCUCCGGCCUCCGCAAAUCUUUCCUCAAGCUCGACAACUCCAAUCACAACUCGACUCAGUCGCUUUUCCAAAAUGUCGACUCGCAUCUCCGCCUCGCUUCCUCUAAUAAAGGCUGCCGCGGCGUCGUUGCCAUGGCGGGAUCCGGCAAGUUCUUCGUUGGUGGAAACUGGAAAUGCAAUGGGACGAAAGACUCCAUAAGCAAGCUUGUUACCGAAUUGAACAGUGCUGCAUUGGAAUCUGAUGUUGAUGUUGUUGUAGCUCCUCCUUUUGUUUACAUUGAUCAAGUAAAGAGCUCGUUAUCUGAUAGGAUCGAAAUAGCUGCCCAGAAUUGUUGGGUUGGAAAAGGUGGAGCUUUUACUGGAGAAAUUAGUGUGGAACAAAUUCAAGACCUUGGAUGCAAGUGGGUUGUUCUUGGGCACUCUGAGCGAAGACAUGUAAUUGGAGAAGACGAUCAAUUCAUCGGGAAGAAGGCUGCAUAUGCCCUGAGUCAAGGUGUAGGAGUAAUCGCAUGCAUUGGGGAGUUACUGGAAGAAAGAGAAGCUGGAAAAACCUUUGAUGUUUGUUUCAAGCAACUGAAGGCUUAUGCUGAUGCUGUCUCAAGUUGGGAUAACAUUGUGGUUGCAUAUGAGCCAGUAUGGGCAAUUGGAACCGGUAAAGUGGCCUCACCAGAGCAGGCUCAAGAAGUGCAUCUAGCUGUUCGCGAGUGGCUGAGCAAGAACGUAUCAGCCGAAGUUUCUUCUAAAACACGUAUCAUUUACGGAGGUUCGGUAAACGGAGGCAAUUGUGCUGAGCUUGCAAAGAAAGAAGAUAUUGAUGGAUUUCUAGUGGGAGGAGCAUCCCUAAAGGGUCCCGAAUUCGCCACUAUCAUUAACUCAGUGACUUCCAAGAAAGUGGCUGCAUGAUUUAUUGGAUCAACACAAAGAAUAAUGGCUCAGAGAAUCAAAUUAGUACACAGCGGCUGAAAUCAGGAGCCAUUAUCCUCUCCAUAAACAUGUAGUGAUUUAUUACAAAACACCCUAUCAUGUAAUUUUUGAAUCACAAUUCUUUUUCUUCUUCACCAGAAUAAUAAUAAUAAUGUAUUGUAGCAGUGGGUUCAAUAAGGUUUUGGUAAAACUUGCACUCUCAAUACUAGGAAUCAUGCAUCAGUUUUGGAAUUGUUUGUCUGCGUUUUUAUCUCAUAUUUUAUUACAAAUUUAUUUAUUGCAUGAAGAUUUGUACUCAUGGCUUUCAUUCACUGUAUGUGAACUAUUGAGAUGAGAAUAGAUACAAUUAGUUGUAUCUAAUACUUAUGGU